GAGGCCGCCGGGCAGAUAUUAAGCGCCGGGCGGCACCGGGCGAAGGCAGAGGUGAGCCGGGAAGCGCCGUCAUCCGUCGGUGGACGCGGCCGUCAUUCAUCCAUCUAUCUCUGCGCCGCCGCCGCCCUCGUUCAUCCCUGCGCCGUCGCGGGAGGCUGCCCGCCCAGCUGAGGAUGACUUUCCCUGUGGAUAAAUUGAACAGCUACAGUCAUGAGGACUUGCAGAGCUCAGGAGAGGAAUACUUGACUGACCUUCGGUAUAGGAAUCCAAACAAUGUUGAAUUCUUCACUCUGCCAGACCACAGGAAAAUUCCUAUUAGGCUGUCAACUGUGGGCUUCGUUCCUCUUUAUGGUGAAGAACAGACACACAAAGUUCUUGCUUUGUUUGCACCAAGGGACUUGUUCACAGCUGUGGCCCUGUAUCUUGAUGGCCGGUGGUGGUCAAUUGAUGACAUUGUGAAAACAUCUGUCCCUACUAGACAGGGGCUUCAUCAGGUGAAGUCUCUUGGAGAGAGGAUUGUUCUCUAUGUUCUGAAUCGAAUCAUCUAUCGGACACAAGAAAUGGAAAGAAAUGACAUCCCAUUUCUCUGUCAUGGUGCCAAUGACUAUGUUAAGAUCAUGUGGAAAAAAGGAGAGGCUAUUGGAUUCUAUUCUGUUAAGCCUGCAGGAAGUGCUUGUAGCUCUUAUGGUAGUAAGACUUACAAGAUGUCAGUGCUAGACACAAUAUUUGUGAGAAGAAGGCAUCGUGGGAAAGACUAUGGGCUAAUCAUAUUGGAAGACUUUGUGAAAUGCUUUCCUGAAUGUGCUCUCGGCCUGCGAUACCCGCUGUCAGCCUUCACGUACACAGCUUGUAAGAGAUAUCUUGAGAAGUACCCUGAGGAUCAUAAACUUUUGUGGGAAGUGCAGGGACCAGGUUGUUGGUUCCAGAGAGCAAAUAUUAUGUCUAUGAUCCAAAAGGAAAAUAUGCCCAAAAUUGCAGCACAAGCCUCAAAGAAAGAAAAUAAGAAUGUCCAAGCAGUUGAUAAUUUUCAGCCGUCUGAAGCAAGUGGACAGAAUACUGAUCUAGUAACACAGCCAAAUGCUGACUCUCAAAAAAGUAAAGAAUCAAUAGAUGUCCAUGCAAGCACAUCUAAAGCUCCUGCUUCCUUACUUUGGACACAAGGCACUUACUUAAAACGUCCCAGGAUAAGAAAAUGUAGCCAGGAAUCUCAACCUGAAACUUCCCAAGGAGCUGAGGAGAAUGUUCCUCAUGUGUCAGAAAGCAGGCUGGAACUUCCUGCCCACACAUCUGAAAAAUCUGAAGACUUAAAAGAAGUACCUGAGGAGAGUACUGCUGAGAAGAAUGAGGAAAUGAUUUUUGAAAAUGAGGGCCAGUCUGUAUCAGAAGGAGAGCUACAUGUAUCAACCCCUGAGAAAACGAGUGAGGAGGAGGAAACUCCAUCAGAACCUCUUAAUGGUGAGAUAACAGACGAAACUGGAAAGAGCUCACUUGUGGCUGAAGAGGAAACAACAGAUGAAGUUCUAAGUGGUGAAUUAACACUGCUUGUUCCAUUAAUCCUUGAGCCUCCGACAAAACCUUCAGAAGACACUGUGUCAGAGAAGGUUUUAAGUGCAAGUGGUUCAGAAGUGCUGUCUGAAGAAAGUGCAUUAGUAGAGGGGACUACUGAAGAAGAGCAAGAAUCUGGAAAGACCACCAUUGAAAAUGCAGCUGCUUCAGCAUCAAAGGAAGAGCCCUCUGACAAUGGCCUGCCCAACUCUACAGUAAAUGAAGCAGCAGAAGAAUCUGUUUCUGAGAAUGUGCCACCCAAACCAGCUUCCUCAUUGGAAGAUCAAAAUGAGGAAGCAGGGCACAACUCACAGGAGGCCCCUGCUGCCUUGAGUCAGAGCUCUUUGAUAGUGGUUGAACUUGAGGGUGUUUCUUUUCAGCAGCCUUCUGGGCAAGAAGGACAGAAGAACCAGUUGGAAGAGCACUCAGAAGAGUCUGAGCAGAUAGAUCAGUACACGCAGGCAACAGCAGAGCGGGCUGCUGACAGCAGCUCUGAGGAAGCAGAAAUUGAGGUACCUAUUGUAGACCGGAGAACCUUGCGAAGAAAGGCCAAAGGCUACAAAGGGCCACCAAAGAAAAAAGGAAAGCCAGCUUAAAAAUGAAAUACUGAUUGCUAAUUCAUCUAUUUAUAAGAAAGUUAUCUUGUGUAAAAACUCUAGGGUGUAACUAAACCAUAUGGGACACAGGUGCUUAAAAUUCUGGGUUGGACUUCCUCUGGGGAUUCAUCAUCUUUCCUUAAGUUUUCUUGAAUUUUUAACCACUAGACAUUGAGCUUUGUCAGAGUAUGAAAGUAAACAGCCAGUCUCCUCCUUUUAUAAACCAUAUGUGCUGAAUAAAUACACUUGUGCUAGCAAAGGGAGCAGUUUGUUUAUCUGAGGUGGCAGCUGUGGAAGAAAAAUGCAGCAUGAAAUCCUGGCCCUAUCAAGGUCCCUUAAAUUCCCAUAGACUUGCAUAAGGCCAGACAUCACUCUAGCACUUUUUUUUAAUAACUUUGUGUUCUCUACUGGGGGGGGAGAGAAGCAGAACAAGUCCCUGCUCGCUUCUUGUUCCCUCCCCAUGGAUUUUUCCCAGAUGAGAUGAAAAUAAUGUAAGAUUCUGUAAUUCUAGGUCUCAAAAUACACAAGAAGGUAUAACUUGGUAGAUCAAAACACGAGCAGCAUCUGUCUUUCAUAGAAUCACUUGCAACAGCUGAGUCAGUAGAAGUGCAGUCAGCGCAGUGUCUGCCAUGGCACACUGAUACUGAAGUUCUUCAUGUGAAGAUUAAGACAUGCCCACACAGUGAACUGUAGCUUCCAAAGUGAGCAUCUCAGUAAGCUGAAUACUUCCAUUGAUACAAAUGUAUCCACUUUCAAAAACUCAAGGAUACUUCUGUUUAUGAAAAGUGAGACCCGGUUAUGUCAAUUACUUCUAGGUGGGUUUUUGAUACAUAUGUUUAUCGCUUGUAUUCCCUGUGAGGUCAGAAAACGGUGUUCUUGAGAAGGCAGUAUCACUCAUCUGGCUUUUACUUCUCAUGGUUAAAUUGGAACUGAUUUCAAUUAGCACCUUUCUUGUAAGACGUUAGCAUAUUGGAUACAUAAAUUAUUAGAUUAUUGGAUACAAAAUUAUUAGAUUAUUGGAUACAUAAAUUAUUAGAUUAUUGGAUACAAAAAUUAUUAGAUUAUUGGAUACAAAAAUUAUUAGAUUAGGUCAGUCUUGGUUUCUACUGAGAACAAUCAGGUUACUGAUCUCAUUUCAGUGAGUCAGUCGUAAAUACUGAACUUAAAUUCAGAUCUCUAAGUAUACUCUUGAGUAGGUAUCUCAGUAAAUCUGGGGUGCCUGAGAUAGUAGCCGAUGGCCAGACUGUUAGGGACAGAAUGUUGCUAGUUGGGAUCCAAACAGCAAUUCUGUUUAGUACAGUCCUGAAAACUGGACAUUGUAACUGUGAUUGCAGCAGUACUUUGAACUAAAGGGCGCAGUUUAUUUCUGCAACUUCUUUGGCAUCAAUCAUCUUGCAGUAAAUAGAGUAGCAAAAUCAAAACACCAACUUUAAGCACUAGUUUUAUUGCUGUACUGAUGUCCCAUUGGAGCAGUAGUUUGAUGGUCUAUACCUUCUGUUACAUUAAUGCAAGGGAACAUAUGUGACAAUUGUAUUGACUGAAGUGUUUUACUUGUGGAAAAACGGCAGUUUUUAGGCUUGGAUGAUAAUACAUUGGGGUUUUUUUUGGUCUGUUAACUGUCUGUCUUAUUACCAUCAAACUCUUAAAGAAUUUUUAAGAUUUUAUUGCACCAGCAACCAAUGAUUAAAACAAACUUUAUAGAAGUUUGUACCAAAUGCUAUUACAACAUGCUGUGGAACUACAUGCGUACAGUAUUAUUUUUGAGCUUUUAUUUAGUCUAGGAAUAGAGUUUAAAGAACAUUAACUUGUGACUUCAGCCUUGCACUUAAAUGGUAAAUGGCUUUGUAUUUGACUGACAUUUGUUCAAAAGUUUCUCUUGUACGGCUUGUUAAUUUUUGACAGGAUUUGCUUUGCUUCUCCCACAAUUCUCUUUUGGUCUGUUUUCAUUUCAUGCAGAAUUCUUGUUUGCUGUUCUCAUGUUUCAUAGCCCUUUACAUGAAAAAGAAUACAUCUUACUUCAAAAGUGCUUAUAACUUAGUUGAAAUGAUGUCUGACCUUGGUUUGUUGCUUUUUUUAUACCGUUUCAUUUGUAGAUGUCAUUAAUCAAAUUGAUCAUUUACAUUGUCAUCAAUACUAAGUUAAACAUAGCAACAAAUAGGCCUAAGUUUAAGCUUCUCUGCUUUAAGUGACAUUCUAAAAAAAAAAAAAAAUAUUACCAAGGGGAUACACUUCUAAAUUUAUUUUCACAAAUGUGGUGUUAGAUGUUUUCUAAACUAGUGAUAACCUGUUUAUAGAUCUUACAAAAUAUGUGUUGCUGUUCUAGAGUAUUGUACUGAAGUCUUGCUACAGUGUUAGUGUUUCCUUUUUUAGUGCUGUCUUUGCUGCUUUUGAAAUGUUUUGAAGUAGUAAAUAAAGUUAUAUUUUGUAAUUACUUUUUUCUUGGCUUUCAGUAUUUGAGUUCUUUCUGCUAUACAGGAGGCAUGUUUUAAAGUGGUUCAAUUCACUAGAACUAGCAUCAUUUUACAAUCUGUCUGCUACCAAAGAGCUUUAAAAGCUCAAAGAUGAUUAAUUGAAAAAUCUUUAUUGCUUAAAAAAAUUUCAGGUACUUAAUUAGCUUAUGUAUCAGAGCUUCAUAAAAAAAAAGCUGUAGAAUAGGCUGUUCUGAAUGUCACAGCAUGCAUUCUGCUGUUUAUACCAACUAUGCAAGAUGAUGUAAACUUAGCAGUUAUUAAUGUAGUUUGCUAUAGACAAGCCAACUAGAAAUGCUGUAAAACACACCCUACAGUGUGGUAUAUUAAAAUGUCUUAAGUACAACAGUUGUGUUACUCAGCCAACAAGUAUUUAUAGCACAAAAUGUAGUAAUGUUCUUGAGACAGCUGUAGAAAAGGCUUAUCUGUUUUGACAAAAUGCCUUCUCUCCAAGCAAAUUACUUAUGGACUUGUGACUCUGAGUUUCACAUCACUUGUCACUACACAAAGAAGUAAAAAUCGUAGUAACAUAUUAAAUCUAGACUAGGGCAAUGUGUUACACUAACAAAAUAGCUUGUAAGAGAAGACUUUGGUAUAGUUCAAAUACUGCCUCUUAAGUGUAAGAGAAGUUAGAAAGCUGGUACAAAAGCAGCUAGCCUUGACUUCCUCUGGCCAUAAUUCCAGAUCUGAAACAUGAUCUGGUCACAAAGAUCAGUAAAGGAUUGGAGUAGCUGUCAUACAAGAGGUUCAGAGCUGCAGUUGUUUAGCCUGGAAAAGAGAAAGCUUGAGUGGAUCUUAGCUUGUGUACAACUACCUAAUAGGGGGGUACAACGGAAUGGAUCAAGAAUCUUCUCAGUGCUGCCCAGUGAUUGGACAAGAGGAGGUGGGCACAAACUGGAAUACAGGAAACUCUAUUUAAACGUAAAACACAAACUGUAAGAGUGGUCAAACACUGCAUCAGGCUCCUCAGAGAGGUGGUGGAGUCUCCAUCCUUGGAGAUACUCAAAACGUGACUGGAUGUGGCCCUCAGACACCUGCUGUGGUUGACUCUGCUUUAAGCAGGGGGUUUGCACUACACAAUCUCAAGAGGUCCCUUCCAACCUUAACUACUCUGUAGCUCUAUAAUCUGCUACUCAACCUGCUUAUUGCACAUGUGACCACCUCUAGCCUUAAACUUUUGUUAACGCAAAAAUCCCCAAUGCAAAUCUAUUCACAUUCUGGCUUCUGAGAGUUUUGUUUGAUAGUUUCCUUCUUACAAUGUUGAGGGGUAAGGAUGCCCUCAUUAACUGGAGAAAGCUUGUAAGGAUUUGACUUGGAAUUUAUGUUAAAAGCUCCUUGGCUUAAGUGAAGUACUCUUCAAGAGUAGGAAUAUAAAAGGGCGAGUAUGCUUAUUUGUAGCGACAGAUUGUGCCAAGUUUACCACCAAAUCCUUGACCAGAACAUUACUGAUAGAGUUAUAUGCAUGGCUGAAAGGUUCUUGUUUAGAAGCAACUUUUGUUUCUUGUAUUUCAAGGAUGCAAACUAAAUAUAGAUUAAUCAUUUGAUGCUUGUGACUCUUAGUUUUUCUUGAGUGUUUCUUAAAGCCACUAACAUAGCUACAAGUAGUUGUAGUAUCAGGGUUGUCAUGCCAUUUUCAAAAUCCGCAUCUUAAAUCCCCUACAACUUCAUAAAUUUAAACUUCUGAAACUGUUCUCCUCUUGCCUGGACCUACUGUAGUGGUACAGUCUCCAGCCCUUAUUCUUUCCAUUAAUGCAGUCAGAGGCAAAGGGGUGAAAGACAAAAGGUAGUGGGGGGCAUGGGGGGAAACAGCUGUUCUUCUAGUUAUCUUCUCCUCCACCCUGCAUCCCCAUGUCCCCACGCAGCUAUUGUGUUCUCAAGCCCAUGCUUCUGUAGGGGCAAACUGAGCGAGUGUUUAAUUUCUGACAUCAGUCUUAAGUAAGAUUCUAGCUGGGUUCUUCCAGCUCUUCUGCUUUCCCAGAAGCACAAUACAACUCAGUAUGUUCUUCUGUACCUUUAGCUAUUACAGCAGGCCAUCAUGGGAGAC